UUGAUACUGAACGCGUAGCAUGCACUGUGUUUACGCCAAGUGUCAGUAGGUUGCUAGGCCGCGUCGUGAGAAGAGGCAAGUGUUGUGAAACUAUCGCACCAGUGUCAGUCUCUGUGUGGGCGUCGUUUCUGUUAAAAUCCUGUUUCGAUUUGAGGCAGACAAUAUCAUCAGAGAAACUAUGAUCAUUUUUGGUAUUUUGGUGCUUGCUUGUGGAGCAUCGGCCCUCUACUCUCCCUCGGACGAUGUUGUCACCUUAUCUCCAGCCACAUUUGAACAGAGAGUCCUGAAGAGUGAUGAGGUCUGGAUUGUUGAGUUCUUUGCCCCUUGGUGUGGGCACUGCAAAGCUCUCACUCCUGAGUACAAAAAGGCUGCCACUGCCCUCAAAGGAGUUGUGAAAUUAGGAGCUGUUGAUGCUGACGAGCACAAGUCAUUGGGAGGUCAGUAUGGUGUACGGGGCUUCCCAACAAUUAAAAUCUUUGGCAUUGAUAAAAACAAGCCAGAAGAUUUCAAUGGACAGAGAACAGCGCAGGGAAUUGUUGAUGCUGCUCUCAAAGCAGCAAAGGAAAAAGUAAAUUUCCAACUGAGUGGGAAGAAAAGUGGAGGCAGCUCAGGGGGCAGUGGAAGUGGAGAUGAUGCAGUCAUAGAGCUCACAGACUCAAACUUUGACAAACUUGUUAAAAAGUCUGAUGAAAUGUGGCUUGUUGAGUUCUUUGCUCCAUGGUGCGGUCAUUGCAAGAACUUAGCCCCACACUGGGCAGAGGCAGCAGGUAAACUGAAAGGCGUCAUGAAGCUUGGUGCUUUGGAUGCUACAGUUCACACUGUGAAAGCCAGUGAGUAUGGAAUCCAAGGCUUCCCUACAAUUAAGUUCUUCCACAAUGGAGAAGUCACGGAGUAUGAUGGAGGAAGAACAGCUUCAGACAUCAUUGCAUGGGCAACUGAUAAAGCUGCAGCCAAUAUUCCAGCACCUGAAGUUAAGGAGCUCACAUCACCCACUGGGUUUGAUGAGGCCUGCAAAGAACAUCCCAUUUGUGUCAUUGCUGUCCUCCCACACAUCCUUGAUUGCCAGAGCAAGUGUCGCCAAGGCUACAUUGAUAUGCUCACCAAACUCGGAGACAAGUACAAGCAGAAGCAAUGGGGCUGGAUCUGGUCAGAAGCCAUGGCUCAGCCAAGGAUGGAAGAGGCUCUUGAUAUCGGUGGAUUUGGAUACCCUGCACUGGCUGCCCUCAAUGCCAAGAAAAUGCAGUUUGCCCUCCUGAGAGGAUCCUUCAGCAGCGAUGGAGUCAACGAGUUCCUGAGGGAUAUCUCGUACGGCAGAGGCAGAACGGCGCCAGUCAAGGGAGGGGAACUCCCUAAAAUUUCAAAAUCGGAACCCUGGGAUGGCAAAGAUGGAGCUCUUCCUAUGGAUGACGACAUUGAUCUCUCUGAUGUAGAAUUAGAUGACAUUGAAACUUCUAAAACCGAACACUCAAACUUUGACAAACUUGUUAAAAAGUCUGAUGAAAUGUGGCUUGUUGAGUUCUUUGCUCCAUGGUGCGGUCAUUGCAAGAACUUAGCCCCACACUGGGCAGAGGCAGCAGGUAAACUGAAAGGCGUCAUGAAGCUUGGUGCUUUGGAUGCUACAGUUCACACUGUGAAAGCCAGUGAGUAUGGAAUCCAAGGCUUCCCCACAAUUAAGUUCUUCCACAAUGGAGAAGUCACGGAGUAUGAUGGAGGAAGAACAGCUUCAGACAUCAUUGCAUGGGCAACUGAUAAAGCUGCAGCCAAUAUUCCAGCACCUGAAGUUAAGGAGCUCACAUCACCCACUGGGUUUGAUGAGGCCUGCAAAGAACAUCCCAUUUGUGUCAUUGCUGUCCUCCCACACAUCCUUGAUUGCCAGAGCAAGUGUCGCCAAGGCUACAUUGAUAUGCUCACCAGACUCGGAGACAAGUACAAGCAGAAGCAAUGGGGCUGGAUCUGGUCAGAAGCCAUGGCUCAGCCAAGGAUGGAAGAGGCUCUCGAUAUCGGUGGAUUUGGAUACCCUGCACUGGCUGCCCUCAAUGCCAAGAAGAUGCAGUUUGCCCUCCUGAGAGGAUCCUUCAGCAGCGAUGGAGUCAACGAGUUCCUGAGGGAUAUCUCGUACGGCAGAGGCAGAACGGCGCCUGUCAAGGGAGGGGAACUCCCUAAAAUUUCUAAAUCGGAACCAUGGGAUGGCAAAGAUGGAGCUCUUCCUAUGGAUGACGACAUUGAUCUCUCUGAUGUAGAAUUAGAUGACAUUGAAACUUCUAAAACCGAACUUUGAACUCCUUCUUCCGUAUGCGUUAGUCAUUUCUAAUAAUACCGGUAUGUGUUAAGUACUUAGAGAUGUCAUCUCACAGCUAGGGAAUCAGUAACAAGAAAUUUUUGUAUAAAUUAUAAAUCGUUAAGAAACAAGCUUAAUAAUUAUGAUGAAUUAUUUAACGUUUAAGUUUAACGUUUUUAGUUUGGAUCCUGGAAUGAUCAGAUUAUGUAUCAAGGUGCUCAUUUAUCUCCUCUCUAGAACAUUGAAUAGUUUUUAUCUCCUUACUUUCAUGUACAGUACAGCCCAAUGUGCUCCCUGACGAGCCAUCGUAUUCUGUGAACAGUAUACAACUCAACAAAAUCACUGAUACGAUUGCGUAUCGUACAUACAAAUCGUACUGCUAUUUUCUUCAGUAAUGAGCAUAGUCUGCAGCGUCGACAUAGUUCUUUUGUGUUCUAAUAUCAGAGUUGUGCCGCUGUGUGAAUGACGGUCAUUUUGUUUAAUUUAUGUCUUGACGGGUAAAUUUGGCACUAACGACGUUUGGUUAUCUUAUUGUUGCUUGCCGCACUUCCUGUACUAGGAUGACUGAUGUUGCGUGAACUACAUGAUUUUUGUACUA